UGACCGGGCUUCGAGAAUCACUCUGUUAAACUGCCGGCGUGAAAAGCAAUGGAAGCGAAAAUGGAAGACUUGGACGCCUGCAUUUCUGCGGAAACUGAUAAAAUUGAGCCGGAAAUAUCUUCGCUAGAGGACGAAGUCUGUGAAGGAGGAGUGCUGGAACCAGAGGAGGAGGAAAAACUUGGAGAAAGCCUAAAGGAAGUCAUUAAAGACAAGUCAGUAAAACCUAAGGUGAAUUACAUUAUGUCAAGCUCAUCCUUCUCCAUGUUGGCGGUUCAAAGUGAGGAUUGUGGAAUUAUUUGGGAAACUGUUUCCAGUAGUCGGUGCUCCACACCAUGGGCAUCGGAAAGCACUGCCUCUGAUGUUUACAGCGUGGAAAGAAUGGUUGCAGGUAUGGAAACACCUCAAAGUUCAGAGAGGCAUGAAGCUGAGAUACAGGAGAAACCAUUUUACUCCAUGACAAAUCCAGAGACAUCGGAAGUGUUAAAUGGAUCCCUUCGCAGCACAACACGCAGAACACCUGAGGAUGCUUGUCACUCAAGGUUAGUAGAUUUGGAAGAUAAAUUACAGCUCGAAGAAGAUAGUAAAAUUCAGAAAGCUGUGUUCAACAUAGUGGCUGAAGGUUCUGAAAUUUUGAACAUUAUUGCUCCAGCAAGCAUUUGUUCAGUGGACCAAGAGGAAUGUCGCAAAAUGCAGGACAACCUGAUGUACUUACAAGUCAAUCCUAUUAUUGAAAGAAAAGAUUUUAAAGGUGAUAUUGAAAGCACAGAUAGUUUUAAUAGAAUGAAGGAUGCACAACAAUCAAGAUUAUUGGGUGCAUCACAACAUUGUGAGCAACAACCGAAUCCUCAGAAUUUGUGGGACUCCUUCACUGUGGGAAAAUCCAGUCCUUCCUCUCUAGUGCAUACUGAACAUGUUCAUGUAACUGGAUCAAAUCCUUCCAAUGUGGCUGGGUCAAAUCCCUCUGUUGCAAUUGGAACCAAUCCCACUCAUGAGAUUGAGACAAAUGCUCAAUUGGAUCAGCUUGGAUCCAAUCCUCAUACCAUCUGCUCUAAUCCUUCUCAUGCGAGCAAAUCUAAUCCCACUUCAGUUGAGACACCCAAUCCUUCCACCGUUACAGUAUCCAAUCCUGCAUCCACUGAACAAUGCAUUGCAGUUGAUAAGUCCGCUAAGAAGAGCAGAACCAAGGAAGAUGAUUAUUUUGAAAAAUAUACUUUGGUGGAUGAACGAGUCCCCAUUGAUCCAGUUACUAUAGUACGCAAAGUCCAGGAAUUAUCAGUUCUAGAGGUAGAGAAUCCAUCUGUGAUAAACCUGGAAAUGGGCCUGAGCACAGAAGAAAAAGAGCUUUUUAAUUUUGAUGAGUUUGAUGUGUCUAGAAAUCCUGGAAGCUUUGAUGAUACAACAGAAUUUUCUAUACAAACACCCAAGCCUGAGCCAUUGAGAAGAAGAGAGGAAGCAGAUAUUGCAGGUGUAUUUUAUCAUAAGGAAGCUGGUUCGUUGCUCUUUGACACAACUGAAGGAAUUCUUUCGCGCUCCCAUAAUUUUCCAAUUUCAACCAAGUUGGUUGAUCUUACACUUCUAGAGGAACCACCUGCUCUGGCAUUUUAUUAUAAAGAUCUCUAUGAGGAAGCUAAGGGACGGAGAGAGCAGAACAAUGACCAGUCAGAUGAGGACAGCAGUAAUCCCGAACUUUCAUUUCAAUGUCAGUCAUCUGACACAGAUGAAGGGACUGGUUUGUAUUUCGAGAAGUAUAUCCUGAAGGAUGAUAUCCUAGAUUUGCCAAGGGGAACGAAACCAGAACAAUCUCCUUAUUUGAAUGAAGCAUUGCCUCAAAAUGUUGCAGUUGAAGCAGAAAGAAUUUCAUUAUUUUCAGAAAAUGAAGAGCAGUUUCCUGCAAUAGACAUUGAUAAGGCAGAAGUUGCAAUGCAAGAAAGAGAUUCUGAAAAAAUAUUGGAGCUACAGAAAGAAUAUGAAGAAAAAUCAAUGGAAGAACAUGAAGGUCAAAAAGUUUUGUCAGAAACUCUAUCCAUAACAUGUGAGGAAGUUUCAGAAGACUUAAGUAUGGCAGUUGAGCAAAAGGAAGAAAAUACUAAUGAGAUGACAAUUGAGGGAACACUGGAUAUUCAAAUGUCACCUGUUGAGGAAACAUCUUAUGUAAAAGAAAAACUUUCCUCUGUUGUUAAAGAUCACUUGGAUACAGGGCAUCUUGUCAAUCUAGAUUAUUCAUUUGAUGAAUACGGAAACCUCUCCAGUGAAACAGGAUUAGACAUUAAUUAUAAUUUUCCAGCACGAGAAAUUAAAGUUAAUCAGGGAUGUGUGUCCAGUAAGAAGGCAGAUAUUUAUCAGAAUGAAUUUGAUAUUUUGAAGAAGGAACAAUCUAUUGAACAAAAAUUCAGAAUUGAAGAUGAACAGGCUCCUGCUGAAUUGGGACAGGAAACUGACCAGGAAUGCAUUCAACCAUCCAGAAAUAUUGAAAAUGCAGCACACAAUGAAAUAAUCAUUGGGGAGCACACUUUAAAGACUGAAGAAAUAGCUCCACAACCAGGGACAGAAGAAUAUGGGAACACAGACUAUACAGCAAGAAUGGAUGAAGAAAUCUGUAAAUGUGUUCUGAAAGAAGACUUUGGUCUUAAUGAUAAGACAUUACAACUAGAAUCAACCGAAAUUCCAAUAGCUGUUGAUGAAAUGGAAACUUCAGAAGUUGAAAUAAUUGAUUUACAGAGUAUUGAAAGCACUUCUAAGGAAAAGGUUAACAUUGAAACCGAAGACCUAGGAAAAACUAUGGAUGAAACAGGUUUUGAAGAAAACAAUGAUUUGACUCUAUCAGAAGUCAAUAAUUAUGAAAUUAUUCCAGAUCUUACUGAAGAAUUGCAGGAAGAAGAGUGUCUUACUGGUGACACAGUGCAUCCCAUGCAAAGCAAGUAUAAGUCAUCCAAGAUGCCAUCAAGUGAGAUACUUACUGAUGUAAUAACUUAUGAGCGAGAGUCAAAGCAUACUUUUGAUGAUAUUCAAACUGGGCAAGAUUCUCACAGAACAAUAAGUGAAGCAGAAGAUAAUGAAAUUGAGGUUCCACAAGAGCAUUGCCCAGAAAUUAUCCAGAAUAAGGUAGAUAUCAAUAAUAAAGCUUAUCGUCAUGAAAGCUCAGAGGAUUUACUUGUGAAAGAUGUAGAGGAAGAAUCCAAAGAUUUGUCUUUAAUGGAAGAUGUGAAAAUUAUUGAGGAUGAAAGUAACCAGGCAGAACUUGAUAGUCUAGAAUUUACAGAUAAAGAAUUGGAAGAAAUUAAUCAAGAAGAAACUCAAGAAUUGAGUCUCCAGAAGACAAUAGGAGAGGAGAUAGUUGGGGUAAUCCCACAGAAACCACCAAAGCCAGCUGACACCUAUUGUGUUACCUGUGGGCUUCCAAUUUUUGCAAUUGAUAAACUGUUUGGAGAACAUCAAGAUCAUGAUGUCAUCUCAAUAGAUGCAGCUGUGGUGAACCUAAAGGAAAAGUUGGAUGAGUUUGUGGAGGCAGCUGAGGAAAAGGCAUGCAGAACAGAAGGAUUUGUGACAGAACUAGAAGAUGCAUUUAAUACUGUUGAGGAAAAUUGUGCCAAAGAGGAGAAGAAUCUGGAGGAGCAGCACGAAGAAGUAAUGAAGUUGCUGCUGUCACAGUACACUGAGAUGACACAGGUCCUUGAAGAGGAGAAAAAGAUGAAACUGGAACAAUUGUGUGACCAAAUGGUCCAUUACCGAUGUAGCAUUGAUUCGACAAAGGAGGCUGCUGCAAAGACGAAAGAGAGCUUUGAAUUUGAUGACAUGGCAUUCCUAAAGGACCAGAGCCAAUUUAUGCACGGCGAUUCCUUCAGGAUGAUCAAUGACAGAGUGAUUUCUGCUUUGGAGACUGCAGUUUCUCUGGAUUUGAAGCCAAGUUGGUGUUCCUCCUUGGAAGAUCUUGCUGUCAAGUCUUCAAGAUCUGGAUUUGAGUCCUUGAAAAAUUUGCCUGUUCCCCACUCUCCAACAGUUGUACCUCAAGAGCCAAAUACAGCAACCAGCACAACAAUAACUGUCUAUUGGACAGUUGCAGAGGAAGAUGUCAUUGAUUAUUUCCAGGUGUACUGUGUGGAGCAUUCUGAGGGAAGCCGAGAACUACGUGGGAGUACUACUGAAGAACAUAAGAUGGCGGUGAAGGAAAGUUACUGCGUUCUGGACAAUCUGGAGCCAAGCAGGUGUUAUCUAGUUUGGGUGAUGGCAGUGAACUUCGCUGGGUGCAGUUUGCCCAGUGAGAAAAUGAUGAUUCAAACUGUUCCAGCGGCACCUAUGAUUAAUGCCGAGGAUUGUACUGUGUGCUGGGACAGUGCCACUAUCCGCUGGACUUCUGGAGAUCUCAAUACUAUUGACUUCUUCAUCCUUGAGUUUCACAAACAAAACUAUCAUCAAAAAUCGAAGUUCAGGUCCAUGGCAGGAAUCCGAGGAUGUGAGCAGACAGUCAGCUUGCCCCCACUUGAGAACUUCCUGUUCUUUGUUAAAGCUGUGAACAGUCUUGGAUGCAGUGACACAAGCAAACCAGCACUGAUUUCCACUAAAAGUACUCGCUUUCAUCUGAACAAAGAAACAAUCCCUCCAAGUAUGCAGUUGUCUGAAGAUGGGACAGUAAUUCACUUUGAUGACCAAGCUAUGGAAAAUGAGAAUCCACUGACUGAGUGCUGUUCUGUUCUUGGAGAAGCGUUGCCUCCUCGGGGUCAACACUACUGGGAAGUAACAGUUGACCGGUGUGAAGCCUACAGGAUUGGAGUAACGUAUCCUAGCACAAGAAACUGUUCGUUGGGGAGAAGUAACAAAUCGUGGUGCAUGCGAUACUAUGCAACUGCAGCAGGGCACAGAUAUGAAUUUCUUCACAACAGUACAUCACAUGAUGUCCUUCUCACAGAAUUCCCAACAAGCGUUGGUGUUUUUGUGGACUGUGACAGUGGCCAAUUGUUGUUCUUCAAUGCCCACAAUGGACAGUUACUUCAUACCUUCAGGCACCAAUUUACUGAUUUCAUCUACCCUGCCUUUGUAGUUGAGAAGCCUGGAUUUCUGUCUGUGUGUACAGGAAUUGAAUUACCCAAGUUUGCUAAAUGCAGCAAAUGCUAAACAUUUUCAUGCUAUCAGAGACUUCAGUUGUUCAAGUCUUUCAACUGUUUUAGUUUUUGAUUUUCAUAUCCCAAACUUAACCUGAUACACAAAAGCAGCAGCUAUAUCUGUCUCAACAAAUUCAAGAUAUUCAUAACUCAUUGUGAAGGAUUAUUCACAGUUCAGCUCUACGGUAUCAUUAAAGAUGCUGAAAUAAUUUAGAGGAGAAAUAUGUUCCAUUUUAUUCACAGUGCAAUAAAGCUUCCAGUAGAUCCAAUCAACAAUGGACACUGCUGCGUGGGAAUUGCUAUUUCUUAGUGUUAUUUCCUUACGUUGAAGCUGGUUGGGUAACAGAAAGAUGGUAAUCAUUCAGUUUCAGUGGAAUCCUUCUUUGGAAUUUAUUGGAAAAAAUCUCCCAGUUUAAUCCAAUAAAUAUAUUCAAUUGACAAACCAUAGACCAUAAGACAGAGGAACAGAUUUAAGCCAUUCAACCCAUUUAAGUGUGCCCAAAUGGUUGUGCUUAAGAGCUAAAUAAUUUUAGGGAUUUUAAAAUGUACAUUAAAUGAUGUUUUGAUAUUCAUCAUGCUUACUAAAGGGUGAAAAAUAUCUUCAGGUAUUGUUUGAUAUCUACCAGUAGUGUAUCCCUGAUACUGCAGGUUUGUUAAAAUAACACUGCUGUCUGGGUGUUUAAUGAUAUUCCAAAUUAUUUAACAUAAAAGGUUGUCUUUUCACACUGCAACUAUUUUUGUUGUAGACCUGUGCAAAUAAAAGUAUAAGUUCUGAUAAUAUAUAAUUGGAUAUAAAUGAUCAUACAUACUGUGGUUUAAUUGACUAAUUUAUCAUUCUGCUGGAUAUACCUUCUUUGUAGAUUUGGAAGAUGUUUGGGAAAGAUGUCAGUGAAAUUCAAAAUUAUGACAUUGAAAGUCAUGACAUGAGACCCGAUCAUGCAGUAGUUAGAACAUCAACAACACAACUACAGCAUUGCCUAAUAGCGGGUUGCCUAUUAACCAGACUCCCUUGAAAAUUCCAAAUUUCUUGAGGUUCUACUUAUGCUCCUUUGUGAUAAAUUAGUCCAGUCCAAUCUCCCAGAGAAUCAUCUUAAAAUAGUGUUCUUACAUAAACAGCUUUUGAGGAUAUCAUUUGACAGCAACAUGCUUGUUUUACGUAUUGUUAUGUAAUAUAUGUGACACACAAGAAUUUUUUUCUUGUAGAAACCUUUUGUAUUACUUUAAUUGAGAAAUCUGAAAAUUAAAACAAUUGCAUUUUUACACAUGCCAAACUGAUACUUAACAUGCUCUAUUGUGGAUACUCUUUUAUAUAAAAAAAAGUGGCAUGUCAUACAGGACAAUUUGAUAUGAAAUUUACCAGAGAGGGAGCUGUUAUAUCUUACCAUGUUUGUGGCAUGUACGGGUACUUUAUAUUACUGUUAAUUUCAACUCAUGAGUGGAAAUCAUACCUUUUUUUUUCAUUGGCAUGAAUUCCUUGUCAUCAAGUAAAGAAACAAAAGCUAUUUUUUGAUUCUGUGAAACUGCGAUUAUUGUCUGUCAGAGGUAAAGACAAUUGUAGGUUUCAGUGUUUUUCAAUCCUUUUAGUUUAAUUGAACCUUUUAUGUAAAUUAAGAUAAUCUGGGCUGGAUUUGUAGGUUAGGAAGGCAAAUAAAACAAUUUAAAGGCCAUGGAAGUAUAAGUAAAAUUAUGUCAUACUAAAAUUCUGCCAUUUUGGUGAGACACCCUGUAAAUUCAUCCAUGAGCCAGCUUUAUAGUAAUGGUAAUAUGUUAUACUCCACCUCAAAAAGCUGGUGCCAUUGAAACCAUCAAUGGAGGAAAACAACAACUGCAACUAAAAUGAAUUUCAGAAAGAGAGGAGUGAGCUUCUUUCCGGUUAUGCCCAUUAAUGCCAGCAAUUCACAAAACAGAUUAUCUAACUUUGCAGGAGAAUCAUAAGAAUCAUAAUCUGAGACCUUGAUUGAUAGAAACUAUUAAAUUAUAAGUUUAGGACUUAUUGUGAAAUGGAUGUGAGAAAAAUAAUGGAGGCAAACAACCUUGUGAUUAUUUCAGUAUGUGUUAGGUGCUGUGAUAAGGUUUCUUUUUCUGAAUGGAUAAGAUAGAAUGGCUGAAAAGAUUUUACUGAUCCAUUUUUCAUUUGUGAUUAAAGGCUUGUACAGCUCUUACUAAGAAUUUUUUGAGGUUUAAUGAAAGAAUAUUGUGAUGGGGAUUAUAGAACUAGUUUUGUAAGUGUCUGCAUUAAAUGUGUAAGAUAUAUUAAUUCAGUUACUGGAUUAGCUGCCAAGUUUUAAUGCCAUUGAUCUAGUGAAAUAGUUCAAAACACAUUUUGGCAAAUCAAGAAUUUAAAAUCAAGUAAUUAAAUAAAGCUGGGGUCUAUUUUUAUUAAAAUAUGCUAGUUUUGGUAAUUGUAGGCUUUUGAAACUACUGGAUUGUUGUAAAAACUCAUCUGGUUCACCUGUGUCAUUCAGAGGAAAUCCACCAUCCUUAUUUGUUCUGAUCUUUGCAUGACUGAGAUCAGCAAGUGUGUUGAAUCAUCACUAUCUCAACCAAUCAGAGGCACCUAGGGAUGGACAAUAAACACUGGUGUUGCCAAUGAUGUACACAUCAUGUGAAAGAAUACAUUUAAAAACACUGUUCUUAGAAGGUGCAAUAAAUUGUUAGGUGAUUAACUAUCAAUUGUGUUUUCUGCUAUGAAUUUAUUUAUUUUAAUUUAUAUUUUAUUUCAUAAAAAUGAAGCUGAAAGUAGUCAUAUGUCAAUGCUAUGCAUUGCAGCUAAAAAAAAACCUAUUGAGCUGAAUACCCCUUAAUGUGGGUAUUAUAACCACUCUGUGUUAUAUCAAAUGCCAGGAGGAAUUUGAGAAUAUUGGUAUAGAGAGAAAGAUUAAUGGAUAAUUUCAUUAAAUUAUCAUAGAAAUUUUUUAAAUAUCUUUUUUUCUAGCACAGGAAUGAAAAGAUAUUAAUCUUUAGUUUUAGCCUUUGUAUAAUUGCCUAAGAGUCAAAAGAAAACAGAUGUUGGAACAUCUAUACUAGCCAGCUGGUGUAGUGACAUCCACACAUGACUUUGAAGAGAAUCGUCUGGGUUUGAAUCCGACUAGUUCCUUGCACACUUCCCAUCCCUGCUGUGUUGAGGGUCAAGCUAGCAACUCAGUCUCAUAGAAAGCAGACAAAUGCUAAGGAAACGGCAAAAAAAAAGCUGCGCAAUGCGCCACAGGGCACAAAAAGGAACAUCAUCUACACUGAUGAAAUUUUAAAAUUCUGGUAUCGUAAAUACAACAAUGCAGCUAAUAGAAAAAACAUAGGAGAUAAUUAAUAAACAAUUUAUAUUGAUAAUGGCUCCAUUGCGUUAUUCACCAACUAUCCCUUCAUCUAGGUUCUAAGAUUGCAACAUAAAUUGGGCCUUUAAAACAAAUCAGUGCCUCUAAUGUUUAUGAAAUACUUACAAAACUUAAUUCACCAUAGAAAUUAAGUCAAGUGAGGUUCCUUAAGUGAGCUCCUUACUGAAAGAAACCUUAACGGUAAGUGUACUGAAUCAAUCUUUGAUUGGUUAUAGAGAUCAUGAAUCUGAACUUACUCUCACAAAAUGGGAUCUCUUUCGGCUCCUGGCAUAAAGUUUACACAGAUUGUUAAGGAUUUGGAUAAUGAACUUCCUAUUGAUAAUAAACCAUGUGUGCAAAUGACUGGAUAUACUUUCCUUUUGCCUUUCUAGAAAGAAAUGUAAGCUGUUCUCUUUGAUUACUGUAAAUUAUGCUAUUUACAUAUAUAAACAGUAAAAUAAAGUAGUUUAAGU